UAACUCCCUGCGCCAAAGUGACAACCAAGAAUAGCAGGUAGGGUGACCACCGCCAGUUUCCGACAAUCCAGAAAGUCCACCGUGUGAAAGCUCACACUCAAUCACAUUCCCCAUUUGCGACCAUACACAACCCUUUCACAUAACAAAGACACACACAAAGCUAAACCCACUUCACAUCAAAUUCAGUCUUUUACAAAGUCUUCAUCUCUCUGUCUUCCAAAUAUCUCCGGCGAAACCCAUUUGCCGGUAGGCUCAUUUCCGGUGACUGUGUUGAGAAUAAUGGCUGUGGAGGCUGAGAAGUUUGGGUCUGAUGGGAAGCUGUGGAGUCUGUGCAAAAGGCCAUUCUGGCAGUCAAGAAAUGCUGCUCCUCCUUAUUCUUCAGCAUCUUCUUCGUCUUCCAAUUUGUCUUCUAUGCAUAAUGCUCAUCAGCUUACUCGGAUUCACGAGUCUGUGGAGCGCCCGGCGCUUUAUUCUGGCAGUACGGUGUCGUAUGUGGCCAAGUCUUUGCUUCCCGCUAGGAGAAGGCUCCGUCUUGAUCCUCCUAAUAAGCUCUUCUUCCCAUAUGAACCUGGAAAGCAGGUUAAGAGUGCUGUUGGGAUUAAAAACACUUCCAAGUCUCAUGUAGCUUUCAAGUUCCAAACGACUGCACCAAAGAGUUGUUACAUGCGUCCUCCAGGAGGUAUACUUGCUCCUGGUGAAAGUCUUGUUGCAACUGUAUUCAAGUUCGUAGAACCUCCAGAGAACAAUGAAAAACUGGUAGACCAGAAAAGCAGGGUUAAGUUCAAGAUCAUGAGCUUAAAGGUGAAAGGAGAAAUGGACUAUGUUCCAGAACUGUUUGAGGAGCAGAAGGAACAAGUUGUUGUUGAGCAGGUUUUACGUGUUGUUUUCCUUGACCCAGAACGCCCUACCCUUGCAAUGGAAAAACUCAAGCGGCAACUGGCUGAGGCCGAGGCUGCUCUUGAGUCACGGAAGAAGCCUCCAGAAGAAGUGGGGCCUCGAAUUGUAGGAGAAGGAUUGGUCAUAGAUGAAUGGAAAGAACGGAGGGAAAGAUACCUAGCUCAGCAGCAGGUUGAAGGAGUUGUCGAUUCAAUGUAGAGUUAGUUCAUUUCUUUCUCUCGUGUGGAAGUUCCUGUAUGUGAAUUUGUAUUGGUUGUGCCCUCUUCAUGUUUGAAACAAAGUUGAGCAUGUUCUAGUAUCAGCACAGGCAGGCAAGGGGUAAAUGGAAGCAUGUUUUGUUGUGGAUAGAUGUAUAAGUAGAUAGUCAUAAUGACAAUCCUAAGCUUAGCUCAUUUUAAGAGAUCUGAAUGAAGUUCCAUAAACUGUGUUUUAGAACUUUUGAAGGAACCCUACACCUUAAUUGU